AUGUUUUCCCAAAUCCUCACCGCACUAGCCGUUUCUCUCGCAGUCCACGCGCAGACUAUUUAUUUGGCGGGUGAUUCUACCAUGGCUCCCGGAGGCGGAGGUGGUGUAACCGAUGGCUGGGGUCAAUACGUCGGCCAAUUCUUCUCCAUUCCUGUCGUCAACAGCGCUAUUGCCGGUCGCAGCGCUCGCAGUUACACAACCGAGGGCCGUUUCAGUGCUAUGCUGGGUAAGGUCAAAUCGGGCGACUUUGUUGUCAUGGAAUUUGGACACAACGACGUCUCAUCUGGUGCCAUCGAUAACGGGCGGGAAGAUGCAUCUGGAGACUCUCUGACUGCCACUUCUGUAGUCAAAGAAUCCGACGGCAGCACUCAAGUGAUUCACACCUUCAACUUCUACAUGGAGAAUGCGGCCAAGGCCUUCAGAACCAAGGGCGCCACGGUGAUCAUCAGUUCCCAGACUCCUAUUGAGAAAUGGAACGCUGACAACACCUCGAUCGCAACUCCACGCCCCGUAUUCGUUCAAUAUGCUGCUGAGGUGGCCGGAAAUACCUCGGCCACUUACGUCGAUCAUUUCAGCUACAUAGUUCAAGCUUACAACAAGAUUGGGGAACCCACUGUGGCCACAUACUACCCCAUGGAUCACACUCACACCACCCCGGCGGGAGCAACUGUGGUUGCUAAGGCUUUUGUGCGAGCCUUGCUCUGUGGGACAAGCACGAUGAAGAGAUUCUUGAACGCUGCGGGCAAUUCCGUCCCCAGUCAGUGA